CGAGGACCUUGAGGCCACAUAGCAUAGAUGCACGAUCCCAUAAACGAAAUACCAUAGCUAGUUAGUAGCUAUAGCUAUAGCUACAGCUAGGUUCAACCGGAGUUGAACCAGCCGCAGCGAUUAAACCCGAAGCAACACCAAACUUAUCGAUAAGAAAGAUUCUCCACACCCAGCUCUCCUCACCUCUCUCAUCCAUCACCUCACAACCCAUCUUCAUUCUCUACACCUACCCAACCCAUUCCCAAAACCAAUUCCAGACCCCAAAGAAUAACCAUGGUAAAACCCCUAACCUUCAAAGGCGACAAGCCCAAAAAACGCAAACACACCUCCACAUCCACCUCCACCGAUCCCUCCCAUCCAGCCAAAAAACAAUCCACAUCAACCAGCACCCCAACCGCCAAUGAAGCCGAAGACCCCUCAACCCACGACGAACACACCCUCUCCGACCAAUCCUGGGUCUCCGCCGACACAAGCAGCGACAUCUCCGGCCCGAUCCUGCUCAUCCUCCGCACCACACCACCCACCUGCCUCGCGACCGACGCGCACGGCACCGUCUUCGCCUCUGCGCUCGAGAACAUGAUCGAGGGGGAUCCCCGGACCGCGGAACCCCAUGAUGUGCGACAGGUUUGGAUUGCGAGUAAGAUUGCUGGCAUUGAGGGGUGGAGUUUGAAGGGAUCAAACGGGCGAUACUUGACUAGCGACAAGCACGGCAUCUUGUCCGCCAAUGCAUCGGCUAUUUCGCAGCACGAGAUAUAUACGAUUAGUGAGAGUGGGGCGGGGGGAGGAGGGUUCUUUGUCUUUGGGACCGGGACGGGAGCGUCUUCUGCUUCGCAGGGGGGUGAUGGCGUGGAUGAUAAGGAGAAGAAGGAAAAGAAGCAGACAUAUCUUGUUGCGCGGACUGUUGCGUCGAAGACGACUGCUUCGGGGACGAAGGUUGAAAUUCGUGGGGAUGAGACUACUCUUGAUGAUGGGGAGGAGGAUGGGGGAGGGACGAAUAUUCGUGUGCGCAUGCAGGCGCGCUUCAAACCGCGCAUCCAAGCGAGUAAGGAGAUCAAGGCGCGGGAGAAGAUCGGAAGAAAAGAGUUGGAGGGUAUUGUGGGGAGACGGUUGGAUGAUGAUGAAGUCAAGAGGUUGAGGAAGGCGAGAAAGGAGGGCGAUUUUCAUGAGGUCGUGUUGGAUGUUAGAGUGAGAGGGAAACAUGAUAAGUUUGCUUGAUUAGGAUUACUUUUUCUAUAGAUGUUUUGUUAUGCCAUGUACAGUCU